AUAAUAAUAAUAAUAAUAUGCUCUCAUCUUCAUUUAUUAAUUUUCCUAAAUACAUCCCAAUCCCAUCUAAAUACACUAAAAUACAAACUAAAUUAAUUUCACUAUAAUUAUAUAUAUUUAUAUAAAAACUUGAGAGUAGUAGCUAGUAUCAAAUUUUGAGGCAAAACAUACAAACAAACAAACAAAAAAUGAAAGAAGUAGAGGAAUUCUCAGCUUUAGAACUCAUUCGCCAACAUCUAUUGGGUGACUUUACCUCUACUGAUUCCUUCAUCAACACUUUGAAUUCUCAAAUUGUUUCUGAAAAUCAUUACAAGACUCAUAAACCUAUCAUUACCACCACUACAUCUUCUUAUCACUUUCAAUCCGUUAAACAAGAGUAUUCUCAAUCCGAAUCCGAGUCCAAUUCCCCUGUUCCAGACAACAACCCACAUCAAUUCCUCCACUUAAUUAUGGAACCCAAAUCCGAAACUGACCCUCUUCUCGAUAUACCAUCGCCGAAUAAUUCGAACAAGAAGAAGAAGACGACGACGAUGAAGAAGGAGGAGGACCACUCCGGCGAGAUGAAGCACUACAGGGGAGUUCGACGGAGGCCGUGGGGGAAGUUCGCGGCGGAGAUCCGUGACCCGAACCGUAAGGGGAGUCGGGUUUGGCUGGGGACGUUCGAUACCGACGUGGACGCUGCUAAGGCUUACGACUGUGCUGCAUUCAAGAUGAGGGGUCGUAAGGCCAUUCUGAAUUUUCCCUUGGAGGCCGGACUAUCCGACCCGCCUAAGAAUACGGGUCGGACCCGGAAGAGAAGGAGGCGGAGCUCCGACCAAGAAGAAGAAGAAGAGUCUCCUCAUUCUCAACCUGAAAUAAGCUUUGAAUCUGGUGGUGGUGAUAAUCAGAGUUGGACUUGGACGUUACUGAAUUUGGAGUGACGUGGCGAUCAAUGAUUGGACACAGGCUGUGUGUUUGUAUGUAUGUAAGCCGGUUUUUACAAUGUUAGGCGACGACGUCGUUUUUAGUGGAAAAAAAAUGACAGUUGAAGAUGUGGCGUUGCCACUCCCAAAUAUUAAUUUGGGAUUGUUUGUAAAGAUAAGUGUGUUGGACUAACAUGGGUUAUAUGUUGUAAUUAUUAAUGUUUAUAAAAUGUAUGUAUAAUGUAUAGAUAGAGAUGAUAUUAAAUAUUAAUUAGUAGAACUGAGCUCAAAUUAGUAAA